CAGGAUGGGAGAGACGGGUAAGAGGAGGAAAGGGGGGAGUGCUAGCCCUCCAGCUAUCAGUACCAGUAGGAGGAGAGGAGAGAGUUUAAAGGGGAGGGGGGGGAGGAAAAACAUGAGAGAGAAGGAGGUAGAGCAGACACAGGCUGCCUGCUUGGAUUUGAAGAGGAAGGAAGGGAGAGAGGAGAUCCUGGCGGCUCGCUCAGAGAGGAGGGUGGAUGUUUGCAGUCUGAGAAGGCCGCAGCACUGUGACUGUAGUGUCACUGUGAGGACACUGGGAAGAUGUCAUGGCGUCCAACCUACCGAAGCUCCAAGUUUCGAAAUGUCUACGGAAAAGUAGGCAACCGGGAGCACUGCUUCGACGGUGUCCCCAUCACCAAGAACGUCCAUGACAACCACUUCUGUGCCGUCAACUCCAAGUUCCUGGCAGUUGUCACCGAGAGUGCCGGCGGGGGCUCUUUCAUCGUCAUACCUGUAUCCCAGACCGGCCGCCUGGACUCUCAUCACCCAAAGGUGUGCGGCCACCAAGGCAACGUUCUGGAUAUCAAGUGGAAUCCCUUCUUUGAAAACAUCAUAGCAUCCUGCUCUGAGGACACCUCGGUGCGAGUAUGGGAGAUCCCAGAGGGCGGUCUGAGGCGCAACAUGACGGAGGCGGUGCUGGAGCUGUAUGGCCACAGCAGACGGGUGGGCGUGAUCGAGUGGCACCCCACCAGCAGCGGCAUUCUUUUCAGUGCUGGCUACGACUACAAGAUCCUGAUCUGGAACCUGGAGAUCGGAGAGCCGGUGAAAAUGAUCGACUGCCACACUGACGUCAUCCUCAGCAUGUCCUUCAACACAGAUGGCAGCCUGCUGGCCACCAGCUGCAAAGACAAGAAGCUGCGUGUCAUUGAGCCACGCUCCGGGGCCGUCCUUCAGCAAGCCAGCUGUAAGAACCACCGUGUAAACCGAGUGGUGUUCCUGGGUAACAUGAAGCGACUGCUCACCACAGGGGUUUCACGCUGGAACACCCGACAGAUCGCUCUCUGGGAUCAGGAGGAUUUGUCCAUGCCAAUUGUGGAGGAGGACAUAGACGGCCUCUCAGGACUGUUGUUUCCCUUCUAUGAUGCUGACACGCACAUGUUGUACCUGGCAGGCAAGGGGGACGGCAACAUCCGUUACUUUGAGAUUACCACAGAGAAGCCGUACUUACAAUACCUAAUGGAGUUCCGGUCCCCGGCACCACAGAAAGGACUUGGUGUGAUGCCAAAGCAUGGGCUGGAUGUGGGAGCUUGCGAGGUGUUCCGCUUCUACAAGCUUGUCACCCUGAAGGGUUUGAUUGAGCCCAUUUCCAUGAUUGUGCCAAGAAGGUCAGACACAUACCAGGAGGACAUCUACCCCAUGACAGCAGGGACAGAACCUGCGCUGUCUGCAAGUGAAUGGCUGGGAGGGAUUAACAGAGACCCAGUCUUGAUGUCUCUGAAGGACGGUUACCACCGACCAAACCAGUUAGUGUUCAAGGCCCCAGUGAAGGAAAAGAAGAGCGUGGUGGUGAAUGGGAUCGACCUGCUGGAGAAUGUACCGCCCAGGACAGAGAAUGAGCUCCUGCGGAUGUUCUUCCGGCAGCAGGAGGAACUGCGGCGGCUGAAGGAGGAGCUGACCACCAAGGACGUGCGAAUACGCCAGCUGGAGCUGGAGCUCAACAACCUGAAGAACGUUAGCCCCAACAACGUCUGACCUCUCAGCCUCCGGGACUGGCAAAGCUGCUUCCUUUGCCCCCAAAUCUGACCUCCAACAAGCUUCUGAGCCCUCCUAUGCCUCUUUUUUGAUAUAUCAUAACUUCAUUCCUGCUGCCCUGCAUAGUGCACACACUAAUAUGAUAAGUGUUGGAUAAUGUCUUAACUGGUGCAAAUACUGGAAUAUUGUAAUAAUAUGAGAAGUGACGGAGGAGAGGCAGUGUUCAUGGAUCGGCACCUUAACAUGAAAUCAGUCAUAGGAAAAGGUUUGCGAUACAGUCCAUUUAGGUAUUAUCUGUUUCUACAACUUAAUAUUCUCGAUCUAGCACAUUCUCAAGUGUUAUGAUCUGUUACUGCAUAUUUUCUGCCAGACCUCCUGGGUGUUUGUCUCACUGUGCCUACCCAAUCAUUCAUGUGGCGAUACCUUGAUCACCACACAAACAAACCCUGCACUCAUCCUCAUGUAAUGACCAAACCACCAUGUAGUUUUAGUUUUCGCUGGGCCAAAACUGGAGGAUAAAAAGACUGUCACUAGCUCCUGUUUCUCUUCCCCAAGGCCUUACACCCUGCUGCAGACACAGUUUGCAUUGAGCUGCAACAUCAUCUCAAAAUGGCUGACACGUGAAGUACUUUGGCACCUGACAGACGAGACAAGCUCCUGCAGACGUGGAUCGUGUUUUUCACAGAGCUGCUCCACUUUUUUUCUCACGAACAGAUGGUGUUAGCCAUAAAUUUACUUUACAAUACUGACAUAUAGCUACUCAAAUGCAGUUUUUCUUCCCGAGGAGAGUUCACUCUCUCUAAGUGUUUUUAUAUUUUAUUUAAAUAGUGGUAAAGCAGCAGGGGAGACAUGGAUCCAGAGGUGUGGACUUGCGUAACUACUCGAAUAUAGUGUCAUGGGAAGCUUUGCUGGCUGUUAUUGGUUUUUAGGGCUAAUUUUGAGGAUGGAGGGGUAAUGUAUAUUUGCUUCUAUUUAUUUGUCACAUUUUACCUUUUUAGCUGAUAACAUGUAUAUUUGUUAAUCCCACUGUUUCGUGUGACAUGGCUGCGCAAGUAAUGAUUGUGAAGCUUGAUAGAUUCUGCUGAAUGUUUGCGGUUGAAAUGGUGCAAGAUUUGUGUGAAACUGUACCGUACAUGGUAUUAGUCUGACUCCAACCUGACAUAACUUCAGAUAAGGUAUAAACAUAUAAUCUUGCCUUUUUCCUAACAGUGCAGAAAACUGUAAUAAUAACCUUCCUUUUACAUUUAAACUACGUAUAUCACUAUUAGUGAGAUGUGUUUACUUGUAGAUGUGUUUGCUCUAGAGACUCCGGGUCAUCUGCCUCUCCUUCUCCACAUGUACCAUCAACACACACAUGGCUAAAUUGAAAUUUAAAUGCCUCUGUUUUAACAUUUAACAGUUUUUCCCCCUCAGUUUGAACUUUAAGAGAAGUGGGCACUGGAUUAACAUUUGAUUGGAUCUGUUGUGUCAGCCAGGUUCAAGCAGCUACCACAGAGAUUCUGCUAAACAUGCCAUGUGUCUUUUAACCCAGGCCCAAACACACUCAGCCUUGUCUUACCAAUGAUUCUGCUUCUGAUGGACUGAGAAAAGGAGAAGGAUUAGCAAGAGUGGAAUUUUUACUCCGAGUAAGUAGAAAGUAAGUGAAGGUCACGUCCUCCUGACAUGAGGACAUAAAGGUUUACAGCUUCAGUUAAAAAAAUCAGAAAAAAACUAACUGUUUCAAUGUAGACUUGAACUACAGAGAAGUUUAUGCUAAAUGAAUAUGUGUCUUGCAGGGAAGAUAAAAGGCUACAGUGAAAGUAGACAGUGGGCAAAGGAUCUACCAGAGAAGGAUCAGCAGCAGUGGACAGACAGGUGAAAUUAUGGCUGGAGUUUUCUUGUGCAGGUGUACAGAGGAGUGAAAUCAACCACUUAAAGGAAAACUUUGGUAUUUUUUAACCUGGACCCUAUUUUCCCAUGUUUUGUGUCCAAGUGACUGAUGGGAGCAACAAUUUUUGAAAUUGGUCCAGUAUUGAGCGAUAGGGCUGAAACGGCAGCAACAAAACAGGCUGCAAACAUUUGAGGCAACAUCACACCAUUGAUGUACGCCCUCUAAAAAGUGCUUGUUUUGCCACUGACAGGCUGAGACUGUUAUUAGAAGUGUCUGACAAAGAAAGUAAACUUUAUUUUUUAACUUUUGGCUUGACCUGGUCUGUUUGUUAUUAUGUCAAAUAAAGUCCGCUCAAUAAAAGUGUCAUUAUGAAGUCUCGCAAGUUGAGUUGUUGCAGGGAGACGGUAAUAAACAGAGUGGAUCAAGUGAAAAGUAAAUGUUUUAUUUCUUUGUCAGACACUUCUAAAACAAUUCGAGUCUGUCAGUGGCAAAGUUGAGCACUUUAAGUCGACGCACAUUGACAGUGCAUUACUACCCUGAGGAUUACAUUGCAGCCCGUUUUGAAGCUCUUGUUGAACACUGGACCGAUUUCAAAAAACGGUGCUCUCAUUAGAUACUUUGAUAUACAAACAUGGGCAAAUAUGGUCCAUGUUGAAAAAUAGCAACAUUUUCUUUAACUGGUCAAUUUUUUGGGAAGGUAGAACAGGACAGAAAGGCUUUUAUGCUUUAAAAAUGCUUGAAAGUCUUUUUACAAAUAUUGAAUGGAAUUUUGGCUUCAACAGACCAGUGUUACCCCCACUUAACUCUGCUAUAUUUGGUCUUUGGUAGUGCUGUAAGGCCUAGUCCACACAUACACGGGUUUAAGUGAAAACAUUUUGGCCUUUUGUCCACAUGAAAACUGCAUUUUGGGUCACUGAAAACAGACCGUUUGUAAAAAGGAUCAAAAGUGAACAGAAACUCUUCAGUGUUGGCGUGUCGAUAGGGAAAACUUUAGGUUACUUGCGUAACCCUGGUUCUCUGAGUAGCAUGAGUGAGUGUCUCACAUUGGGAACACCAACAGCGUGACCUCAUCAGAAGCUCCUAUUGCAUUCUGCCAGCCAGUAAUGGCUGGAAUUAAGUGUCAGUGCCAGAGAGGGUGGGGACCCUCCCCCUAUAAAAGGGCCUGACACUACACUGCCAGUUAUUCAAAAACCUCUUCUCGCUGCAAGCAGAAAUUCCCAACUUUACCCCUCAAGCUAACUGUCUCUCCAGGACCUAGCUUAACUGUCUACCGACACGAAAUGAAUGCUAUGAAAGAGAACUUAGGUUCUCGCUUGUAACAUCAGAGUGUGCGCUGUUAUCUCCUUUACCUCUUUAUGAGUGAUCACAAAUGAGGCAGUAAGGCUGCACGAUAUGCAAAAAAAAAAAAAAAAAAAAAAAAACAUAUCGCAACUAUUUU